AUGCCUCAAUCACUCUUCAACGACGACUUCUCGCUCUCCGCCUUCUCGUGGGACCAGCAUCCCGAGAUGCUAGAACAGAUCUUGACGAACGCGCAGCUGUCAACAAUGGUAAGCAACCAUUUGUCACAAGGGAUUCCUACCAGGGAUUCCCCUGCAUGCCAUAAAUUCCCUACGGACCCAGCCGUCAUAGCGCAAAGAGAGCCGGCCACAGAACCAGCCGAAACGGCAACUUCAGCAGCAAUUAUAUCAGAGCCAGAACCUGAACCGCAGGCAACACAAGAGCAAGCCCCAGAGUCAGAUGUGGAAGAGGUGCCAACAAUGCUGAAUGGACAACGAGACAUUCACGUGAAUGACAAGAGUUCCAAGCAAUUGAUGAAUAAGUCACUCCGAGACACCUCUUCAAUUUUGGUUGAGGCAUAUUUCCGAGACACUGCGCAAAUCAUGUCGCUCUACGACAGUGAUAUGAAUCCCUUCAAGACAACGGUUGCUAAUGUGUGGAGCUUCUCUGAGCCGAUAUACUACGCCCUACAGAGCAUGGCUGCAAUAUCUCUGGCUGAUAUCUAUCCAAAUAUGGCGACCGUGGCGAAGGACCUCAGAGCGAUGGCCACUGUGUCCAUUAAGCCAGACAUGGCCAUGGCCAUCGAUGAGAAGUCACUCCUUGCAUUGCUUAUGGUAGGCGGAACGGCAAGUUGGUUCAACUCUCGAGACACUGGCGCAAGUUACUUCAACGUCUUUCGAUCAAACUAUAACCGUAUGACGGCCACAGGUCAACUAACAAGCAAUGGCCAUAACAGCUUGUUUUUCCAAGAGGCUCUGAUCUGCUGGGAGAUGCUGCUGUCCUUCGUCGUAGACGAUAACAAGCUAGAUGGGCCAUUGUCGUUAGCAAGCAAUCUCGCCUCGGAGGAUCAUCUGACUGUCUUCCCGAGGCGCCACGUUCCGCAUCCCUGGACUGGCAUCGCCCGUAAUGUCCAGAUCCUUUUAACCAGAGUUGGCCGGCUUGUUCGCAAAAAUCGCCGCCGCGCAUAUUCCCGGUCUUUUACUACGCAGGCAACCAUCAAAGAGUUACAAAGGGAGGCAGAGGAAGCGAUCGAGCUGGAAGAAACGCUCUUCAACAUUAGAUUCGCUGAAGAGACGGAGAUCGCUGAUACUGGCGACCAAAAGACACCCACUUGGCAUCUCCUACUCUUAGCCAACGUGUACAGUAGGGUUGGCCUCCUUCAGCUAUACCGAGUGUUUCCAGACGUUCUCCAAGCCAGAUUGCAUGUCUCUGGUGUUGACCUUCCGGCGUGGCCCGAAGACAGUAUCGGAGCACAAACCGGUAUAAACACAGGGGCAGCGACAGAUAUAAUUCGGAUGACGAUGGCGGAAAGGGGGACAGAGGCGCCACAUGAGGAGGCAAAUCGGCUCGGAGAAUUGGAAGAGUUCGCUCCGGCUGUCUGCAAUGCUUGGCUGACAAAGUAUGCAUUGAACACCAUCGACAUGCUCAUAUCGCUCCCCGCUGAUUCCGGUACGCGCGACUUUCAGCCUUUCCUUCUCGUUGCGUGCUGCAGUGAGCUUCGGUGUCCAGGCUUGUCUGAUCCUAAGGAAGGCAAGGAAGCUACGCACCUCUCUCCGGAGGCUUUCUUCUCCAGCCAGGCUGUCGGGGUAGCUUCUGGCCGGCGGUUCAUCCUCAACCGUCUUCAAUCGCUGCUUCAAUUCCUGCCGGGCGGUCCGGUGCGCGAGUGUAUCAAUAUUGUGCGGACAACUUGGGAGCGGCUGGAUGCCUGGCCGAAGGAAGCAGACCACAAGAGUUCGUACUGGAUGGAUGUUAUGAUCCAGAAGGGCUGGGAUACUUUGAUGGCAUGA